GGGUGCGUGAGCUCCGAACGGCGGCGGCGGCGAGCUUUCUGCUCCGGCCGCGGCUCGAACAGGAUGGUCGCGGGCACCGGGGCGCGCGGCGCCCGGCGCACCCCAGAGGGGGCAGACGAAUAAUCCAACUGCGUAAGACAGAAACUGGCGCCCGCCCCCCUGGACUGGCGCGGCGACGAGGAGGGCCCCGCCUCUGGCGAACGAGCCCGCCACCGCCCACGAACCCGCGGCCGCGCGGCGCUACACAGGAGAGGAAGGAGGCGGAAGAGGAGGAGGAGAGGAGGAGUGAGGUGGAGCGAACCCGCGACCGCGCGGCGCUACACAAGCACGUCGCCGCCCGCCGCGGCCCUGCCGAUGGCGUUGCCGGCGUGGCCCGGCCGCCGGGGGCAGCACGACCACGGGCCCCGUGGCGAGGCGCUCGCCGCCGCCCCGGGCCUGCCGCUGCGCCCCGCGUCCCGCCAGAUGCGCCUCACCACGCCUGCCAGCGGCGAGGUCCACCGCGGCGGUGAGCUCCUCGGGCUCCGCACCCUCCGCGCGCAGCCGGCCGAGGUCGCCGGCCAGCGCGCCCAGCUCCGGCUCCGAGAGGUCCGCGCCUGGCUCGCUCGGCGGCGGCGGCACCUGCUGCACCGCCGCGGGGCCUUCCACUGGUUGCCCCGGCGCCCCUCGGUCAGCGCCACGCAGCGCCAGGCGACCACC